AUGGAUGUCUUAGAUGAAGAUUUGCUGGAUGUGACUCCUCUGCGUAUGAUACCAGGUGACGUCCAAGGUUCCUCUUCCAUGGCCGGAGCUAAGCAAGACAUCUCACUUGACAAAAGAAAGGUUGUAAAGAAGUCUUCCAACAGAGUUGCUACUGAGCACCUAGAAAAAUGGAGGUUUGUCACUCAAACAAGGGUUGCAGUUGAAAGAGAAUUGGGGAAAGAAACUGUUGAAGUGAAGGAAGUAAUGGAGUUAAUCAAGACAGUUGGUCUUAUGAAAACUGUGACUGCUCUGCCUCAUUGCUAUGAGGGGCUAGUCAAAGAAUUCAUUGUGAACAUUCCUGAGGAAAGUUAUGAAGUUUGCAAAGUGGUUGUCAGGGGGAGAGGAACUGAUGGAGGGGUAGAUUUAGAGACCACAGAUAAUGAGAUUUGUAGGAUGAUCACAACUGGGCAAGUUAAAGAAUGGCCUAGUAAGAAACACCUAUCUGCAAGUAAACUAACUGUCAAGUAUGCCAUCUUACACAAGAUUGGCUCAGCAAAUUGGGUACCCACUAAUCACAUAUCUACUAUCUCCAUUGCUCUUGGGAGGAUCAUUCAUGCCAUUGGAACUCAGAUAAAUUAUGAUUUUGGAAAUUUUGUGUUUGAUCAAACCAUCAGACAUGCCUCCACCAAUGUUGUAAAGUUGCCUAUUGCAUUUCCUUCCAUCAUCUGUGGCAUCAUCCUGAGUCAACACCCAGGAAUCCUAAGAGCUAGUGAUAUUCCAAGCAGGAGGAAGACCCCUUUAUCCAUUCACUAUAAGCUCUUUGAAGGAAGUCAUGUCAAUGAUAUUGUCAUGACAUCUGCCAAAAGAGAACCUACAGCUAAAGGAAGUUUGAUUGACCAACUAAAAGAGACUUGCAAGGAAUUGGACAAUGGGAUAAAGCUGGCAAAGGCUAGAAAAGAGGCUUUAGAAGUUCUUAUAUGUAGCCUGGAGAAGGAAGAAGUAGAAAAGGCUGAGAAGGACUCAGAAUCAAACUCCCAAUCCAAUGGAAGUUCUGGAAGCUCAGAAGGCUCUAAAGGUACAGGUGAAGACACAAGUGAAGGUGAAGAUAAUUCUUCUUCUUCUGAUUAA